AAUCACCAUGCAAUGCAUGUGCAAACAAUCAUAUUAAGAAACCAACAAGACAAGGCAAAGGCUUGUGUUGUUUACAACGUUGAUGUCAAACCAGGUUGUUCCUCGUGAAGCUCACCCUUAUGCCUUUCAUGUCUCUGGCCCUCGCAACUUCACUCUCCUUAAUUGGAGAGACCUUAUCAUUUCCAGUUGGAAGGAUGCAAAUUACAAGCGCACUGUCAUUGCCUGCUUUAUACAAGCAGUUUACUUGCUUGAACUUGACAGACAGGAGAAGAGAACACAAGAAAAUGCUCGUGCUCCAAAUUGGUGGAUUCCCUUCAAGUACAAGCUUAAACAAACAUUGAUUGAUGUAAGAGAUGGAUCCAUUUUUGGUGCAAUUCUUGAAUGGGAUCGAUCUGCAGCAUUAGCUAACUUAAUACCAAUAAGACCAAGUGGUGCUCCUAGAGCUGUUUUAGCACUAAGAGGAACGUUACUCAAAAGCCUUACAAUGAGAAGAGACAUUGAAGAUGACCUCCGUUUUGUUGCUUGGGAAAGCUUGAAGGGUUCUGUGAGGUUUAAGGUAGCUUUGGAAGUACUAAAAUUGAUUUGUGAUAAAUAUGGAAGCAGUAAUGUAUGUCUUGCAGGGCAUUCCUUAGGGGCUGGUUUUGCUCUUCAAGUGGGAAAGGAACUAGCAAAAGAAAGGAUUUUUGUGGAGGCACAUUUAUUUAAUCCACCUUCUGUUUCACUAGCCAUGAGUCUCAAAGUUAUUGGAGAAAAGGUUGAGUUUGUCUGGAACAGACUUAGAUCUAUGCUUCCUUCAAGUAGUGAAGCUCAAGUCAUCAAUGAUGGAGGCAAGACUGCAGGUGUAGGAUUGAAGAGUUGGAUAUCUGGCUCUGGUUUGAAGGGUGCUAGUUUUGGAGUGACACAAUGGGUUCCUAAUUUGUAUGUUAACAAUGGUGACUAUAUAUGUUGCUCUUAUAAUGAUGGUGAUGGCACAAGAGAGAUGGUUGUUGAGAAAGAGAAUAAGGGUCCUAUAAAUGGACAAAUUGCAGCAAAAUUGUUUGUUGUAUCCAAGGAAAAACAGAAAUUUCUUGAGGCUCAUGGCUUGGAACAAUGGUGGUCUAGUGAUGCAGAACUUCAGCAGGUUAUACAUAAUAGCAAACUCAUAAGCAGACAGCUUAGAUCUUUAUACACUGCUACUCCUUCACAAGCAACACAAGGAAAGCCUCGGUAACAAUGGAUGGAUUUACUCUCACAUUGCAAAAUCUCUCGCUUUCAAACUUAAUAAAGCCAAACCUGUU